AUGGCUAAAACACAGCCCAACCUCUUCGCCUUUCCCAGCGUCGACAUCCUCGCCCAGGCUCUUCGCUCAUAUGUCAUCCAGAGCCAGGCCGCUGGCAUCGCCCGACACGGCGCCUUCAAGGUUGCCGUUUCUGGCGGUUCCCUCCCAAAGACCCUCGCCCAGGCCCUCCUCGCCCCCUCCUCAGGCCCCAACGACGUCGUCGAUUUCGCUCGCUGGGAGAUCUUCUUCGCCGACGAGCGCGCUGUUCCCCUCGACCACGACGAUUCCAACUAUGCUCUUCUCAAGAAGGAGCUUCUGGACAAGAUUCCCGAGGGUCAGAAGCCCACUGUCCACACAAUCAACACUGAGCACCUGAACGACCUUCAGGAGCUCGCCGACGAGUACGAGCAGACCCUCGUCGCUAGCUUCGCCAGCCGCGACUCGGUUCGCCUGCCCAUCUUCGACCUCCUCCUCCUCGGCUGCGGCCCCGAUGGCCACACCUGCUCUCUCUUCCCCGGCCACCCUCUGCUUCGCGAGACCAGCGCCUGGGUUGCUCCCAUCGACGACUCUCCCAAGCCUCCCCCGAAGCGCAUUACUCUCACCCUCCCCGUCGUCAACCACGCUGUUCGCGUCGCCUUUGUUGCCACGGGCGGCGGCAAGAAGGAUAUCAUGAAGCAGAUCUUUGAUACCAACGGUGGCCUGCCCUGCACCCUUGUCAACGAGUCCACCGGCGAGCGCUGCAGCUGGUUCGUCGACGAGCCUGCCGUCGAGGGCGUCAGCUUCCCUCGGAGGGCCUUCCUAUGA